AUGCAUCGAUUCAAUACUAUCCCUAUAGCAGUCACUAUCGAUGCAAAACAUGAACUUUUGUAUUUAAUAGAUCACAGCAGUACAUUUCUCAGUCAAACUACUUACUUAGUUGGCACAAAUCCAUAUGGAGUGGCAGUCGUCGAUGUGAAUAACGAUAACAAACCUGAUAUUAUCGUUGCAAACUAUGGCUCGAACAACGUGGGUGUUCUUCUUAACGCCGGCAAUGGCACAUUUCUUAAUCAAACUACUUAUACAGUUGGCACAUCUCCAUUCUUAGCAGCAGUAGCCGAUUUGAAUCACGAUAAUAAACCUGAUAUUGCCGUCGUAAACUAUGGUUCUGCCAAUAUCAGUGUCCUUCUCAAUGCCGGCAAUGGUACGUUUCUUUCUCAAACUACUUAUGCAGUGGGCUCAAAUCCAAUAUCAGUGGUAAUAGUCGAUGUGAAUAAUGAUAACAAAUCCGAUAUUGUCGUCGCAAACUAUGUUUCGGCCAGUUUUAGCGUUCUUCUCAACACAGGCAAUGGUACAUUUCUUUCUCAAACUACUUACACUGUUGGUUCCUACCCACAUUCAGCAAUAGUAUUCGAUGUGAAUAAUGAUAGCAAACCAGAUGUUGUCACCCCAAACGGUGGCUCGAACAGCAUCAGUGUUCUUCUCAACCCCGGCAACGGCACAUUUACAUCUCAAACUACUUACUCACUUAGCGCAUCUCCGCAGGCAGUAGCAAUAGUCGAUGUGAAUAGCGACAAUAAACCCGAUAUUGUCAUCACAUUAUAUAAUGCGAACAACAUCGUUGUUCUUCUCAAUACAGGCAAUGGCACAUUUAUUAAUCAAAGUACUUACUUAGUUGGCACAAAUCCAUAUGGACUAGCAGUCGUCGAUGUGAAUAACGAUAACAAACCUGACAUUGUUGUCGCAAACUAUGGUUCGAGCAACAUUGGUGUUCUUCUCAACGUUGGCAAUGGCACAUUUCUGACUCAAACUACUUAUACAGUUGGCACAUCUCCACAGUCAGUAGUAGUAGUAGAUGUGAAUAACGAUAACAAACCUGAUAUUGUUGUCGCCAACGAAGGUUCGAACAGCGGCAUACCUGAUCCAAUAGAAUCCUGUCAUUAUACAUAUAUAAAUUCAACGUUAACUAUGACUUGUAUCGCAGAUUAUCAUCAAGGUAAUGAAGAUUAUUUUUGUUAUAUGUAUAAACAUCAACAAAAUCGUGUUUAUUCUGAACAUGCACGUUUAAAAGCUAAUUGUGCAUUUAUACUUUUUGAUCUUAAACCUGAACUUUAUCAUGAUUUUCGUGUCUUUACAAAAAAUAAAUAUGGAGAUAAUUAUGAACGAAGUUAUUCGAUUAAAGUUGAAAAAUCAAAAGUACAUUUAAAACAAAAUGGUAAUGGAACAGCAUAUCCUGUUCGUCCUUAUCGUUCAAAAGAUCAUUUAAUAUCUUAUGAAUCUUCGACAUUAUAUCGUAAUAAUCCACAAUUUAAAAGUAUGUAUUCAACUGACGAUGAUGUGAUCUCUAGUCGACGAAAUACAUUUAAAGGAACAGAUCUUGAUCAUCCACUUAAUGUAUCAAAUGAUCAAUUGAAUGAAACAAAUCAAAUUCCUAUAGCAAUGCAACGUCAUUUAAGUUGUCAAACUCCAACAAAAUUAAAUAAUUUAGAUUUUUAUACAAUAUAG